CAUGCGUUGAUGCGUGUGUUUUUGAGGUUAGAUUUAUUACUCAGGUCUACUGAGUUAGUCUUUCCAGACCAAAGACCAAAGAGAAUGAGCAUAAAAUAAACCAUUUUACACUUCAAUUUGCUGAUUCAAACGUCAAACAACAAUGUCCUGUAUUAAUUUCAUAAUUAAACGUUCGAUAUCUACUACCGCAAUUUGCAAUGGUAAACGAAACUUUAAGAAAUUUUCUCUGUCCACUAAACGCGGCACAAGAAUAUUCAAACAACAACAAAUGGAAAAUCCCGACCCGGAUAUCCCAGUUGAUAAACGUGGAGUGCGAGACACGGGCUACACAAGCAAUGGAAAAUUUGUGCUUGUACAAGAAAUGGUCCCUGAAUUAAUAGUUCCUGAUUUAAAGGACUGUAAAUUGAAGCCCUAUGUUUCAUACAGAACACCAGAUGUUAUUCAGAGUGAAUUUACUGCACAAGACCUGUUUGAUGCUAUCUACAGCAAAAAGAUCACUGAAGAUUUUCAGAAAAACAAACUGAAUGCUGAUGGCAGUCCUGAGGAACCUUCCACUGAAGAAAAACUUACACCUCAAGAGGCAUAUCUAAAUGCAAGGAAAACUGGUGCUGACAUUAUGUAAUAGUAAUAUAAAAUAGCUGUUUAGAUUAUAACAUAUAGAAAUUAA